AUGCAAACGGUUAUAAGCGUUAUAAAUUUCAUUCGUGCCCGUGAACUUAAUCACCGAAAAUUUAAAGAACUUCUGGAGGAAUUGCGAGCUUGUUACAGUGAUUUUCUCCUACAUAUUGCUGUCAAAUGGCUAAGCAAAGGAAAAGUGCUGGAAUGGUUUGUCAAUUUGAAAUCUGAAAUUAUUUUAUUCUUACAACAAAGGGGCAAAAAUUGUCCUGAACUUGAUGAUGAUGAAUGGUGGAUACCAACAGCUUUUUUGACCGAUAUUACACAAAAAUUCAACAUACUUAACUUGGAAUUACAAGGACCAAACAAGGUAAUUGGGCAAAUGACUAACAAAAUAUUUACAUUUGAACCCAAACUGCAAUUAUAUAUAAAUGAACUCAAAGUAAAAGAUCUGUCUAAUUUGCCAACUGUUGCUAUGCUCCGAUCAGAAAUAAAAAACAGAUUUGCAGAUGUUAGAAAUAUUCGAAGAUGUUUCAUUCUCGUAGAGAACCCUUGGCAUGUUGGACAGGAUGAUCUCAAAUUAUUCUGCCAAUUUGGAUUUCCUAAAACUAAUUUGCUAAAUGAAAUAAUCGCACUUCAGCAUUACACACAGCUUAUAGCUCUGUUUAUAGAACAUUAUGAAACACAACAGUACACUGAAUUUUGGAAAUGUGUGCCUAACAAUUAUAAAAAUUUAUGA